AUGGGAGUGGGCGAUUAUGUGCAUUCGAAAGAGGCUGGCCAGCCUCGACCACGCACAACUGAAGUCUCAAACCAGUCACGGCAGGCUGUAGCCGCACAAGCAAGGAUUGACGUCCCUCCAACGAAUCUGGUGGCGCCAGUGCCUCUGCCAAUCAAUAAAUCAAUUCCCCUGGAGCAUUAUUCAACACCGGCAUUUAGCGAGCAGAUGCCUCAGGCGCCCGCGGAAAAUGGCGUGCAUAGAGAUAUGUUUGACACCGAUGUAGAAGGCAUCGACGAGUCGACUAUCGCUGCGACAAGUGUCAUGGGCGCAGAGGAUGCUCCGCUGCAAUUCCAAUUACGACCCGCCACGGUUCCUCAAUAUCAAGAGGCAGCGCCAGUAGUGGAUGAGAGGCCACUGCAUGCGUCUCGAUUGCCACGCCGUGCUUACGAUGGCAAGUGGUACGAGAAUUUCGGAGACAAGGCUAUGAAAUCAGCUGGUUUCGAUUCAGAAGAGGCCGAUGAUGCAAGUCAAUUGACUUCCAUGGCUGGAGACGAUGAGCGAUCUGAUACAACUGAGGACGCAAACUACGCCCGCAGAUACAGGUCCUCCACCGAGGAACCAUUAAGCAAACGACUACAGAGCUUCUGGAGCGCCAGCAGGAGAUCUUAUCAGAAUCCAGAACCACAAGCAUACCAAGAACCAUCGAAGACUGCUGCUGCUGCUGCCCCUCCUCUUCUGCGGCAAUCCACAUCCGACGCCAGGUUAUCAAAACAGGCUCUACCCAACAGGAAAGUCACACUGCCACGCAGCAUGACAGCAACCCCACGGACACGAUUCAGUCCCCCCAAACCAUCCCUCCUAGAACAGUUGGACAUAACCCCAACUCGUCGGACCUCAGGACCUCGACCCCAACCCGGCAAAGAACCAGGAAUCACGAGCACCACCACCCACCAACACCACCGCCACAACUCUGACGACAAUCACCUCUUCAACACCAGCCGCGACAGCCUACCACCCCUAAGCACCUUCGACAUGACCAACAUCGACGACCUAGAUGUCGACGAUGACAACGACCCAAUCAACGACCCGUUCGCGCGCCGCAACUCCGUCCAACGCAUCGUCUCAGACCCCGACUUCCAACCCAACAAGAGCACCAUAACCAGCAGUAGCAGCCAAAACAAAAGACGAAACCUCGAAUCCGACUAUCCACCCGAAAUCCUGCGCCAAAAAUCCUUCAAGGACCUCCAAUCUGAACCCUUCGACCACACCCCAACCGCAACAGCAACUGCACCCGUCAAAACCACCACGCCAGCCCCAACCCCAGGCCCUAACGCCACUUCCGACGAGAAAAUAGAUUUCCUAAUGAACUCGGAAGACAAAGACCGCCGCGACUUCUUCUCCACCCUUACCAUGAACGAAUGGGAAGAUUACGGUGAUCUCCUAAUCGACCAAUUCAGUGACGCCCUCUCGAAGAUGAAAGAUCUACGCCAUGCAAGACGCAAAACGGCGGCGUUGUUUGAAGCGGAAAUCGCUCGGAGGAAUGAGGUCGUGGAGGAGCAGUCUGCUGAUCUGACGAGGAAAUUGGAGGAAAUGAGGAGUGGCGGGGCGGAGGUGUUGAGGGGAAGGACGCCUUGA